ACAGCUUACACUCAGUCCCUUUUUUUAUUCGUAGUCUCUUGGAUGUCAUCAAAGAUUUCAGUAUUUUUUAUAAUUCAAAGGAAUCGGUUCGUGUUUGAUCAGCAGUAAAAGCCCCAUAAAUCGGAGUUUUACACAAUUUUUUUUUAUCUGCGAUGGACCUCACGACAGUCAGCGUGGUGUAUGCCAAUCCAUUUUAUGUCCAGAAUUACGCCGAAAUGGGGCAGCCACAGCAGAUCCAGUUACCGCAACAGGGUCCUCACCAGCACCAGAUCUACCAUACCGGCUAUAUGGUCAGUACCGCACCAACCCUGGUGCCCGGCGCUCUCAACGUGCAGCCGGUGAGUACUAGCAGCCCAGUUUUUGGUCAGACUCGACCUCUGUUCGGAGAUCUGUACCGCUUCGAGGACGGCGGUGGGGAUGCCAGUGGCUCGCUGUUGUUGGGCCAGGACGAUGGUGGUUUCUGUGGCGGCAAUGUCACGGGAACUGACAGUGGCUCCGGAGCUGGCAGCGAAAACGACGACACCGAAGAGCCGCGGAGCGGAGAACCCCAAUCGCCCAUGUCGUUCACGACGACAAGCACCUCGUCCUCUUGCUUGGAUGCGACCAAUAACGAUUCAGGCAUCCAGGCGGGCCUCUUCAAAACACUCACCGACGAGAGUGAUGAGGAGGAGGAGGAUGAGGAUCCGGCGGGGAUGGCGGCGGCUCUUGCCAGUGUUUCGUUACAAGGGUAUGGACAGGACAUGGAAGAUCGGGACACGAUACAGCUUGACGGAAGCGCUCAGGUGAAUCGCGAUCAAACAGAGAUAGACGAGGUGGGCGACGACCAGGACCAGGACAUGCAGUUCACCUCUGUUUAUCCGCGCACCACGGACGAGUUCCUGCCACAGCUACCGCUGCCGCGGCCCUGCGCUUUCAUGAACGUGGGCCAGGAGCAGUAUAUCAUCCAGCCGGACACGGUGUUUGUGCUGGGCAUGCGCUUGAACGUAACUAAGAACGACAUAAUCGCCUUCUUCGGCAAACUGGGACUGAUCAAGAUGGACCAGUCCACUAGCAAGCCGAAGAUCUUCGUCUACAAGAACAAGUUGACCGGCCGCUCCAAGGGCGAGGCCACCAUUACCUAUGUGAGUCCCUACUCGGCCCAGGCAGCCAUCGCCUGUCUAAACGGAAGCAAGUUCAUGGGCCAGCAGCUGACGGUCCUGCCUGCCUACCUGUCCACCCGGAAGGGCAGUGUCCGGUUUAGCUAUCCGCGCGAGCUCAACCCCCUUGACCAGCAGCGACGCCAGCGGCAGCAGCGGUGGAAGCCAGCCAGUGACAACUGGGUGUGCCUCAUCUGCCGCAACAGCAACUUUGUGUGGCGCUCCAGCUGCAACCGAUGUGAGGCCAGCAAGCAGACGGCCUCGGCCGGGGCAGAGUUGGCCUCAGUCGGAACAGAAAUAGCUCGUGGCGGUAUGGGAAGUGAUGGCGGCUCAGGAGGACUCUCAUCUGGAGGAACUCGCUCAUCAACGGGAAACGGAAACGAGAACGGAGGCCGCCGUUGGAGGCCGCAAAAGAAUGACUGGCCGUGCCCAUUCUGUUUCAACGUGAAUUUCUGGUACAGGACCAAAUGCAACAGGUGCCGUGCCCCUCGAGAGGAGGCCGUGGCCACUCACACUGAGACGGAGCCAGAGAAGGAGCGCUGGGAACUGGUGGACAGCCAAGUCUCUAGCAACGAGUAAUUCACUGGAUGUUGAUCGUAUAAUUUGUCCGUCGUAUCCGUCUACGUAAUCUUCCAUCCCAUCAACCCCUUAUACCACAUCCGUACAUUCAAUUUGUGUUGUUGUUUAUUAAGCCUCUCUGGUGACAACCAGCACUGUUUCAUCUUCAUCUCCUGCUUCAGGCCCCACAAAAUUACCAGUGAUUGGAACACACACGCUGAGCUGUGUCGGGAGCGGAACCAUGUGGCCGAUCCGAUUCCGAUCUUCCCGCAAGAACUGAAUUCCGUUCGAAUCGAUAAAAAACAUAACCCGCAAGCCAAUAUGGACGUCAAAAUUCCCGUUUAUCUGUGUAGUUGCAAAAUGCCAAGUCGUGGCCAUCGCAUUCCUAGAUAAUCCUUCGAUUCAUGCAAUCCAUAUGCACAAGGUAUGCUACGAAUGCCCUUCGAGCGUCAAAUCCACCCCGAGCAAGAGCACUAAGACCGCGGGCACCAACCUGGGACACGCUGAAUGAAAGGUAAUCCACUUGAUUCGGGUAACUGAAUAUUUUACCCAGCACAAAAGCCAUCCGGUUGGGACUCUGGACUCUGGACUACGGACUCUGGACCCACCUGGCAAGUUCUAAACGUUUAAUGAAUUUAUUUACUUGCCCGGAUUGGCUCUUCGGCUCAUGGCUGGGUGGAACGGCACUCGAAAAAAUGCAACAUAAUCAUCUAAAUUAUUAAAUAAAGUUUUGGGUAUAUCAAACCAAAC